AUGUUGAAAAGAACAGUGAAAGAAGCCGAAGCCAAGAUUCUUAGGAACUCUCUCUGCACUUCUUUCUCUACAGUUCCUUCUUCUGCUGAUUCUCCUCCUCAACUCCCACCUUUUGAUUAUCAGCCAAAACCUUACAGAGGACCAUUAGCUGAUGAAAUCUUGCAAAAACGCAAGAAAUUUCUGGGUCCUUCUCUUUUUUACUACUAUCAGAAACCUUUGAAUAUAGUUGAAGGAAAGAUGCAAUAUUUAUUUGAUGAAAAUGGUAGGAGGUAUUUGGAUGCUUUUGCUGGGAUAGUGACUGUAUCUUGUGGGCACUGCCAUCCUCAAAUUUUAAAUGCAAUUAUGGAGCAAAGCAAGCUGCUCCAACAUGCUACGACCAUUUACUUGAACCAUACUAUUGCUGAUUUUGCUGAGGCCUUAGCAGCUAAGAUGCCAGGAAAUCUCAAGGUUGUCUAUUUUGUAAAUUCUGGGUCAGAAGCUAAUGAAUUGGCGAUGCUGAUGGCUAGACUAUACAGUGGUAACCUUGAAAUGAUUUCGUUAAGAAAUGCAUAUCAUGGUGGAAGUUCUGGUACAAUAGGACUGACAGCUCUAAACACAUGGAAAUACUCAAUUCCACAGGGUGAAAUUCAUCAUGUUAUUAACCCAGAUCCGUACCGAGGAAUCUUUGGCUCUGAUCCUAUUGGUUAUGCCAAAGAUGUGCAGGAUCACAUCGAUUAUGGUACUUCAGGAAAGGUUGCUGGAUUUAUAUCUGAAACAAUUCAGGGAGUUGGAGGAGCAGUUGAAUUAGCCCCUGGAUACUUGAAAUUGGUUUAUGACAUUGUGCGUAAGGCAGGAGGUGUUUGCAUAGCCGACGAAGUGCAAACAGGGUUUGGCCGCACAGGAAGCCACUAUUGGGGUUUUGAGACUCAAGGUGUCAUCCCUGACAUUGUUACUAUGGCAAAGGGCAUUGGAAAUGGUUUGCCAUUAGGAGCUGUAGUAACAACACCAGAAAUAGCACAAGUAAUGGCGCAAAAAAUUCAGUUCAAUACUUUUGGUGGGAACCCUGUGUGCUCUGUUGGUGGACUUGAAGUAUUGAGAGUCAUAGACCAAGAGAAGCGUCAAGAGCAUUGUGCUGCUGUUGGUUCCCACUUGAUUGGACGUUUGAGAGAGCUACAAAAAAGUCAUGACAUCAUUGGAGAUGUAAGAGGCAGGGGCUUAAUGGUGGGGAUAGAACUUGUGACUGACAGGAAGGAAAAGACUCCUGCCAAAGCUGAAACAGCAAUCUUGUUUGAGAAACUUAGAGAACUCGGCAUCCUAGUUGGCAAAGGUGGAAUACAUGGAAAUGUGUUUCGUAUCAAACCACCAAUGUGUUUCACCAAAGACGAUUCAGACUAUCUUGUCGAUGCGUUGGACUAUUCAAUGUCAAAGUUGUGA